AGUAACUGCAUAAGCACGAUGCAUUCACCUUUGUGUUUGUAUUUUUAAGGCGCGAUUUAACACGAGAAAAGAGAACAAAGUGAAAAAGAAGAAGUGGGAUUAAAAUGAGGCGGAGUUUGGCCCCAAGUCAGUUGGGUCAAGUUAAACGAAAAUACGAAGAUGAAGAAGAUGAUCCAGCUUGGUCAGAAAAGAAGAAAGGGGGCAAGAAUAAGAAGACACAAAUAAUAGACAGAGCUUCAGAGUUUCUUUCUCCAUUUCGUAAACCACUUGCUCAAUGUAGUCUUCCAGUUGAAACGAAUUCGGAAAUGGCUGGAUCGUCAUUCCAUGAAGCACUUAUCAAAAAGAUUAUGUCAAAGCCAUUCAAAAUACCAAUACCAAACUACAAUGGGCCAACCCUAAGCAAAUCACUUGGAAUGAGACGAGCUGGAGUACGACAAGCUUUACAUGACCCAGAUGAACCUGGUGCUUUGAUUUUGUAUUCCCCUCCAGAACUGUCUGCUCAUGACAAGCUGAAAUCAUCCAUAAGUGAUAAACACCCUGUUCAUGUAGUUGUUGAUCCAGUAUUGACCAAAGUACUUAGACCUCAUCAACGUGAAGGAGUGAAGUUCAUGUAUGACUGUGUCACUGGGCUAUGCAUUGAAAACAAUUAUGGUUGCAUUAUGGCUGAUGAAAUGGGAUUGGGGAAAACUUUGCAGUGCAUUACCCUGCUUUGGACACUACUCAAACAAGGCCCAGACUGCAAGCCCUUAAUUACAAAAGGGAUCAUUGUCUCACCUAGUAGUUUGGUCAAGAAUUGGCAGAAUGAGAUCAACAAGUGGCUAAGUGGGCGAGUCAAUACGUUGGUGAUAGACUCUGGAAGUAAAGACGAAAUUGAUCGCAACUUGAAUGGAUUCAUACACACACACGGAAGGCGAGUCGUCACUCCUGUUCUGAUCAUCUCCUACGAGACAUUUAGACUUCACGCCCACGCCCUUCACAAGGGAGAAAUAGGACUUGUUCUUUGUGAUGAAGGACAUCGUCUGAAAAACAGUGAAAAUCAGACAUAUCAAUCUUUGGUUGCAUUGAAUUGCAAACGCCGUGUCCUUCUUUCCGGAACACCCAUUCAGAACGAUCUGCUGGAGUACUUUAGUUUGUUACAUUUCGUUAACCAAGGCAUUCUUGGCACUGCUCAGGAGUUUAAGAAACGGUUCGAGACGCCCAUCCUUCGAGGUAGAGACGCUGAUGCGACGGAAGAAACACAGAAGAAGGGUCAGACACAACUGAAAGAAUUGGCCGAUCUAGUCAAUAAAUGCAUCAUUCGGCGCACAUCCGCUUUGCUGACCAAAUAUCUUCCAGUCAAAAUUGAAUUGGUGGUUUGUAUUAAGCUCAGUCCUGUUCAAGCGUCCAUUUACAAGAAGGUCGUCGCAUCCGAAGCUGUCAAGAGCAAAAUGAGGGAAGCCAAUGAGAAACCGAGCAAAUCGAGCAUGACUGCACUGGCAGCCAUCACCAAUUUAAAGAAACUAUGCAGUCAUCCGGAAUUGGUUUACGAAAAGUGCCAAUCGGGCAUUGACGGAUUCGAAGGCACUCUGCCGUUAUUUCCUGCCACCUUCGAUCCCCGAAAACUACAAACCGAAUUGUCCGGCAAGCUCUGCGUCCUCGACUGUAUUCUGGCUAUGGUGAAAAGCACUACCAACGACAAGAUCGUCUUGAUUUCCAACUACACUCAAACUCUAGAUUUAUUCGAGAAACUUUGCCGAAUGAGGUCUUACCCGUGCGUACGCCUGGACGGCAGCAUGAGCAUCAAGAAGAGAGCCAAGAUUGUGGAACAUUUUAACGACCCAGCCAGUUCAGAUUUUGUCUUUUUGCUCAGCAGCAAAGCCGGUGGCUGCGGAUUGAACUUAAUUGGAGCCAACCGGUUGGUGAUGUUUGAUCCAGACUGGAAUCCGGCCAACGACGAUCAAGCUAUGGCUCGUGUUUGGAGAGACGGACAAAAGAAACCCUGUUUUAUUUAUCGCCUGUUGUCCACUGGAACCAUUGAAGAAAAAAUUUUCCAGCGUCAAGCCCACAAAAAGGCACUCAGCUCCUGCGUAGUAGACAACGAAGACGACGUGGAACGCCAUUUCAGUCUGUCGGAUUUACGAGAUUUGUUUAAAUUGGAAGAACUAACCUCGAGCGAUACUCACGACAAAUUCAAAUGCCGUCGCUGCGUCAAUCGGAUCCAAGUCAAACCGCCACCGGAUGACGCGACUUGCAAUUCGGAUUUGUCUCAAUGGAAUCACUGUGCGGAUCGCAAAACCAUUCCGGAUCCUGUUCUCAAGUCUGCUUGGGACGCUGGAGUCACGUUCGCCUUCCAUCAAAAAUCCCACGAGCCUAAAAUUGUUCCUUGAAUCUUUCAAACAACAAAGAGAAAAUCUUCCGCAGACGAAAGAAGUCAGUUGCAAAUGCUCUGUGAUGUUUCAGUUUUAUGUUUUUUUAACUUACACAAGAUCUGUUGUGCAAAACACUGUAAAUGUACUUUGCAUUUUCCCCCCUUGAAUACGAAAUUGUUAUAAAAGAAAACCAGAUUGUAAAAAUGAUUCAUUAGAUUGAUUUG